CAAAUUCCCAAAAUAAAAAAGAUUUCGCAAUUUUUGCAAACAUGAUCCACCAAAUCUAUUUUACCAUGUCCAUUUUGGAAGGGAAAAAAAAAAAAAAAAGUGUCACAUUUAUACUUUGGUAAGUUAAAUAUGUUCAGUGCGAUUGUUCCCAGACACAAGGGGAAUGCAAGUACAGAUAAUGUAAACAGAACAUGAACUAUUUUUAGAACACUUUUCCUUUUGUCCUGAUCUUCUCUGCCCAUAAAUAGGAAAAAAAAUGUUUUUUUUUGCACCAGAGAAUGCUCUUUCAUACAGUAUAUAUUUCAUAUCUGUGUAUUUAGGGAAUCACAGCUAUAAAGAAAGAGCAAGAAAAGAUGAAUCAUUCUUCAACAGCACAAACCUUGCUGAUUUGGGUAUUAGUUUUGAUAGCAUUUUCAGGAGUGGAAUUGGGCGAGGCCAAAUGUGAGUUCAAAGGGAUCUUCAAUUUUGGAGAUUCAAACUCAGACACAGGAGGCUUUUGGGCUGCUUUUCCAGCACAGAGUCCUCCUUUUGGGAUGACUUACUUCAAGAAACCAGUCGGUCGAGCUACUGAUGGAAGACUCAUUGUUGAUUUCCUUGGUAAAGUUUCCAUUUUUUUCUUUUUUUGUCAAACUUAAUUUUAUUGCAAAUUAAAAAGAGGUUUCUUCCAUUUUCAACCAUGAAAAAAUUUUAGUAGUUUCAUCGCUGCAUUUUUGUAAUUGGUGAUUAGUGACUUAAAUCACUACAAUUUUAUAAUUUGUGAUAUUUGAUUUUUGAAAUACGUUGCUGAUACCUCGACUGUUGCAUUCAUAUUUAUGUUUCGAGUGGGGGUAUAGGAUAUAAUUUGUUGUAUUUGAUACUUCUCGAUAUCUAAGUUUUGAAGCUUGAAUUGCGAGCUAAAUAGUGUAAGACAUAUUUUUUUUGUUUUAUAAAAUACGAAUACGUUGAGUUGAACUAUUUUGGGACAGGAAGGAAUAUAUUAGAAUUAGAUUGGUUCAAAUUAUUAGGGAUCAUGUUGGAUAUUUGAAAAUGAAUAUGAGUGAUCACCGAAGACCUCAAUCAUUGUGCCAAUUAUUAAACUUCGUGUCGGUUGAUAUUUCAGCCUCUAAGAAAUCCGGGACCAAAAGGAUAAAAAAAAUUCAAACGGUGACAAAAACCCAAAUAUUUGCAGCUGGAAAAACUGAAGAAGUAUGGAACAAAUGUAUGUGAUCUCAUUUAGGAGGUGUACUAUAACGAAUUUCUUUUGUCUUUCAGUUUUUACUAUUUUUAGACAAACUCCAGCAAGACCACAUAUCCGAUGUUUUUUUUUUUUUUUUUUCCUCGUAGCUGCAAGUUUCUUAUUAUACUAUUCUUGCCAUAUACAUCCCUUCUCCGUCUCAAAAUGAUUUUCAUGUAUACAUGAUAUAAAUAUGAUUAUAAUGAGAUAAUUGUGUGAUAAUUUUGUUAUGGAAUUGGCACAAAAAUUGUAGCUCAGGCAUUAGGGUUGCCCUUUGUGAGUCCAUAUCUGAAGUCAAUAGGAUCAGACUUUCGACAUGGUGCAAACUUUGCAACAUUGGCUUCCACGGUUAUGCUGCCAAACACUUCCUUAUUUGUCACCGGAAUUAGUCCUUUUUCUCUUGCCAUUCAGCUCAACCAGUUGAAGCAAUUCAAAGUCGAGGUUGAUCAGCAUUAUCAUUCUGCUCAUGGAACCAAAGGAUCAAAGCUUCCUUCUCCUAGCAUAUUUGGAAAGUCUCUCUACACAUUCUACAUUGGCCAGAAUGACUUCACCUCUGAUUUAGCCUCUCUUGGUGUCAAUGGAAUUAAAAGCUUUCUACCUAAAGUGGUUUCCCAAAUUGCGUAUACAAUCAAGGAUAUUUACGCCUUGGGAGGGCGAACGUUUCUGGUGCUGAAUCUUGCGCCGAUUGGAUGUUACCCUUCGUUUCUUGUCAGACUCCCUCACAACAGUUCAGAUAUUGAUGAAUUUGGAUGCAUGAUCUCCUACAACAAUGCAGUUGCUGACUACAAUGACAUGCUUAAGGAAGCAUUGUCAAACAUUAGGCCUGAUCUUCCUGGUGCAUCAGUGGUAUAUGUUGAUACUCAUGCUGUGCUGCUUGACCUCUUUCGCCACCCCACUUCACACGGGCUAAAAUAUGGUACAAAAGCAUGUUGUGGACACGGGGGAGGCGCGUACAAUUAUCACGCACAAGUUUAUUGUGGGGAAAGCAAAGUGAUCAACGGACAGAAACUAAGUGCAAGGGCUUGUAAUGAUCCACAGAACUAUGUAAGCUGGGAUGGAAUUCAUGCAACAGAAGCAGCAAACAGGCUCACUACUUACGCAAUUCUUAAUGGUUCUAACUCUGAUCCUCCUUUCCCCCUCCACCAGUUCUGUGAUUUGCAGCCAAUUGGUUGAUUUGAUUUAAUCUUGAUCUAAUCUACUGCUUCAUGUCAACUCAAUUGCAAAUGAAUCAUAUGGAAAAUCAAUCGAAUCCUGUUUCUGAAAUGUUGGGAAAUAAUACUGCAAAUGCAGCUUUCAUGAUUUGAUACUACAAUAUUUUUUUUUUUUCGAGUUACAGUUUCCAUGUUUGGUUUGUGUUACUUGUAAAAAUCUUGCUCACCACUCAUGUAACCUUUUCAGUUUAGGUUUGGGCAGUGCUUAGUUUCGUGGCAAAACUUGACACCAAUGAUUACUAAUGGGUUGAUUGUCUGAUCUUAUCUGAUCUAAUCUGCCUCUUGUUACUCGUAUGCAAAUUGAAGAAUAAGAAAACCAAUCAACUCAAGAGAUUUGACUGCAUUUUGAGAUCCAUCCUUUC